ACAGCACUUGAUAAAGAUUCGGUGCAUGAGUUUGAUAGCAAUAAAUUAAGGGUGGUUUCAGAGGCUUAUAAGGUGGAUCGGAGACAUGGGAAGAGGCCUCUUCCUUCCGAUGAAGCGGAGGAGAAAGAGGAUCAAGAUCAUAUCUUCCCUGUCUACUCAGCUCGCUCCCAACAAGACAUGUCCGCUAUGGUUUCAGCUCUCACUCAAGUCAUUGGAAACACUGACAAAAACCCACUUCAUGAUCUUGGAAACCCAUCACCAAUCUCCCACCACUCCGCCACAACCCCACAUGAUCAACCUUCUCAGCUUCUUCAAGAUCAAGGGAACCAGCUGAGGAGAAGACACUAUAGGGGAGUAAGGCAAAGACCUUGGGGGAAGUGGGCAGCUGAGAUACGUGAUCCAAAUAAGGCAGCUCGAGUAUGGCUGGGCACUUUCGACACUGCUGAGGAUGCUGCACUUGCCUAUGAUGAAGCUGCUCUUAGGUUCAAAGGAAACAAAGCCAAGCUUAACUUCCCUGAAAGAGUUCAAGGCCGAAGCGAAUUAGGUUACCUCACAAAUCGUCAAGACUUCCUUCUUCCUCAGCAACAACAGCUUCCCAACCCUGCUGUUCCUCCUCUUCCUCAUCCAUCCCUCUCUCGACCGUCAUAUCCCAAUCUUCAUCACUAUGCUCAGCUCCUUCCAGGUGGAGGUGGUGAUUUAAAUCAUGCUAUGUCCAGUCUUUAUGGUAGAGAAGCUUCUACUACGCAGUCUUUGUCAACUACAUCUUCAUCUUCUUCUACAACCUCUCAUCCACAACACCAUCAGCGAAGACGACAACGAGAAGAAGAAGAAUUACAACAACCACAACUUCUACAAUUUUCAUCACUGUUUGGAAGUUCUUCUAGCAACGACCCUCACAAUAACAGGAGAGAUGACUGAAAAGGUCAGUAAAGAGGGUACUUAGUAUUCCCAACAAUCCCUUUAAGAAGGGUUGCAGUAAAAGAUGUGAAUUUCGGUUAUGUUGUCUUAUUUUUAUUUUUUAUGUUUAAGCUUAAACCCUUGCCUAUUGAUCUUUCUCUUGAGUUUAAGAGUGAAAAAGAGAACCCACAAUGCAUGGAAGCGAUUCUACUCUA